GGGAACGAGGAGGGAGGGGAUAUUUUAAUGGCCGUCAGUAGCACUACAAAAUGCAUAAAGUCCGGAUUAUCCGCUAUAUUUAGACUAUACUAGCUACUGGUGCGUUUUUGAUUCUUUUCGUUGAUAAGCAGCGUUGCUCUUUGGACAUAUAAUGUGUUAAUAGUGUUGUUUCUUCUGCGCUAAAAGGACUUUACCCGCUUGAUUUGUGCGCGAGUGGGAGAUCAGGCCUAGCCGGCUGGCUAAAAAACAAGCGGACGUUUAGCUAGUCGCCGGAGUUGAAAGGGAAUAUGUAACAUAAAGCCACCGACAUGACAUCCAGGUUCGGUAAAACAUACAACCGCAAGGGAGGGGAGGCUAAUUCGAAAUUUGACGAGGUCUUCUCCAAUAAAAAGCCCACAUUGACCACCAAAUGGGGGGAGACCACCUACAAGGCUCAGCUGGGGGGCAAAAGGCCUGUUUUAAAACCUGAUGUGUCUGAGCUGUCCAAAAGGCCAAGGCUUGAGGACAGUGACAGUGACGAAGACCCUUUUGGGUUUGACAGUGAUGAUGAGUUGAAGACAGAAGCCUCUCACAGCGUGUCCCCAUCAACAGUCAAUGAAGGGGCUGUGGCAAAGACAGCUGCAGUGCAAGGUGGUGGGACAGCCACUGUUGUUACUUCUGCUCCAGCCUCUGCAAGCUCAACAGCCACUUUCACAACUAAGCAAACAUCAGAAGAGAUGGCUGUUAAGAAUAACCAGUCCUGGUACAAAAGUACAUCAGAUAGCGACCAGAAACCUGCAUGCAAGCCAUCUUUGUCAAAUACAGCCCCCUCUAAUAAUCAGAACUUCUCAGUGCCCCAGAAGCCCAUCUUCUCCUCUCCUAAUAUAGCCACCUCCCUUAAACUGUCCACUGAUGCACCAGGUGGUAGCAGAGACUUCCAAACCUCUUCCUCUUAUGAUGGACUGCCGUCAGAAGAAAUGACAAGUACUGAUCUGGAGCCUCCCACAGAGCCUCCACCAGAACCAGUGGACAACAUUCCCCCUUCCCCAUUUACCCUAAGGGCCUCAAACUGCAAGAAAUACGUGCGACCCUCCAGGUCUAACAAAACGUCCUCUGAACCUGCUGAAAACGACAGCAACAAGCCCACUGAAACAGUGAGUGCCCAAGAUAAACCCAACAGUGUCCUUUCUGCUAGCGCAAGUAGUACUGCUGCCAAUGCCAAGCCCGCAGCCAAGCCCGCAGGCAGGGGUGGCGGGAGGGUACGGGACUACACAGUUCUGCACCCUUCCUGUCUGUCAGUGUGCAAUGUCACCAUCCAGGACUCAAUCGAGCGGAGCAUUGAUGAACUGGUCACCCCAGCUGCCCCUGCUGACCUUGGAGAAGCAGGCCAGAUGAAGAAGAAGUCAGACGCUCCCCCACCCAAACCUACAAGGUUCAGACCCACCCAGACAAAGACCAAGAAGACCAAGACUGAGACCAAGCUAGAGUUUUUUGGCUUUGAGGACAAAGAGGACCAGGGGGACGAGGAGGGCCAAGAAGCUGGCAUGGCAGGCAAGAGUAGCUACAAGAUCAAGUACUUCGGUUUCGACGACCUGAGCGAGAGUGAUAGCGAUGACGAGAGCUCUCAUGCUAAAGACAAGAAGGCCAAGAAGGCGGCUGCAGCCUUAGCUGCUCUGAGCUCCAGUGUGGACAGCCCUCAUACCAGUGACUCUCAGGACAGUCAGGCCAGCAGCAAUACAGAUGCUUUUGACUUCUCCGAUGACUCCAGUCCUGGCGGCGCUGAGGGGCAGAGAGGACGCUCAGGGAAGCCAGCUGACAAAUCCAAGGACAUUGGCAGUGGACCCAAAAAGAUCUUCAGUGGUCCCAAAAAGUCCCCUGCUAAAGCUGUGUACAACGCCCGCCACUGGAACCAACCUGAGCCUGAAGAGGUGCCUGUGCCUCCGCUCCCUCGAUCUCAAACUGCUCCGGCCAUUUUAUCGAGCAGCAGCAAGGACAGCAACUCCCAUAAAGAUGAUGGCUUGUUUAAAGCCCCUCCACCGCCGCCCAAAGUCAUCAAGUCAGAGACCAUCCCCACGCGACUCAACCAGGAUAUUGUCACUGCGCUCAAAUGCAGGAAAGAGCACAAGGAGCUGUACACGGUGGUGCAGCAUGUGAAGCACUUCAAUGAUGUCGUGGAGUUCGGAGAGAAUCAGGAGUUCACAGAUGAUUUUGAGUACCUGGAGACGGGGCUGAAAAGCAGUCAGCCACUUAACACAAGAUGCCUUAGUAUAAUCAGCCUGGCCACAAAGUGUGCCAUGCCCAGUUUCAGGAUGCACCUGCGGGCCAGAGGGAAAGUGGCGCAGGUCUUCAAAAUGCUCAGUGAUGCUCCGCAACAUCCGAACCUUGCUCUGUGCACGGCUGCCCUGAUGUACAUUUUGAGCCGGGAUCGUCUUAAUAUGGAUCUGGACAGGGCCUGUCUGGAGCUUAUGAUCAAGCUGCUGGAACUGGACCAGGACUAUUCUGCCCACCAGGAUCAGCUCACGGCGAAGGAGGUGGAAAAGGUCAAGGAGAAGAUCAGGAAGCUGUGUGAGACCGUGCACAACAAGCAUCUCGACUUGGAAAACAUCACGACGGGCCACCUUGCCAUGGAGACAUUGCUCUCGCUAACCUCCAAGAGAGCCGGGGAUUGGUUCAAAGAAGAACUGCGACUACUGGGAGGUCUGGACCACAUUGUAGAUAAAGUUAAAGAGUGUGUGCAGAACCUGAGCCAAGAGGACGACAAGGAGAACCUUGUGGCGUCUUUAUGGGGGGCUGAGAGGUGUCUGAGAGUGCUCGAAAGUGUGACAGUGCAAAACCCAGAAAACCAGGGUUACUUGAUUGCCUACAAAGACUCACAGCUCAUCGUCUCCUCUGCCAGAGCUUUGCGAUACUGUGAGGAUAUGAUUCAGCGAUACAGCAGGGCGUUAAACAACAGCUCUUUGUCAUUGUCGGGUGCAACGCUGCCCCACUGCAGCUUCAGCAACGUGGGCAAGGCUGUGGAGGACUGCAUGAGGGCCAUCAUAGGAGUGCUGCUCAACCUUACCCACGACAAUGAGUGGGGAAGCACUAAGACAGGUGAGCAGGAACAGCUAACCCUAACAGCUCUGAAUUGCGUCCUCCGAGUUCCACGCUACAUCCCCCAGGAGCAGCGCUUUGAUGUGCGAGUACUGGGUCUGGGUCUACUAAUUAACCUUGUGGAGUAUAGCUCCAGAAACCGCCACUGUCUGGUGGAGAUGGAGUACAAAGUCGAGGACACCUGUCUGGAAGACAGCCUGAUGCAGCCUGCUGACCCAACACAAUCAGACACAGUGGCAGCGUCAGCACCACCAAGCACAGCUGAGACUCAGGAAGACGGCGCUGUCAAGCCCAAGCCCUCUGGUGCUUUGGCUGCCCUGGUGCAGCUUUUCCUGGAGAGGGAGCGUGCUGCUAUCCUGGCUGAGGCUAAGACUGACGACCUCAUCAGCGAGGCGCCCAAGCCGGCACUGGACCAAAGCGGAGAGUGGCAGGAGACGUCGGGAGAGAUCCAGUGGGUGGCAGCCGAAACCAACGACAGCCAAACCGAGAAGAAAGAGAAUGAGAAGAAAGAGGAGGAGGAUGAAGAGUUGGAUCUAAAUAAAGCUCUGCAGCACGCAGGCAAGCAUAUGGAGGACAGUAUUGUUGCCUCCUACACUGCUCUGCUGCUGGGCUGCCUCUGCCAGGGCAGCCAGAUAAACGUGACUACUGUGAGAAAGCAUCUACCUAAAGGGGAUUUCUCCAUCAUGACAGAAAUGCUGAAGAAGUUCUUGAGUUUCAUGAACCUCACUUGUGCGAUGGGCACCACAGGACAGAAGUCCAUCUCGCGGGUCAUCGACUACCUGGAACACUGUUAACAGACAGCCAGACAGGGAACUCACACUCUGCACAUUAAAGGGAACCCAGGCUAUUCUGGUGCCCCCCUGUCCGACAGGAGCCACCAGGGGUCAUUGGAGACAGCAUUCCUCUGACUUCACCGGAUCACCCGAUGCUGUGAUCACCCUGAAUUGUUACCGUUAAAGGCACGUGAACACACAGAUAUAAAAGUUUCACUCCCUCUCUCUGGAGCACAGCCUGAACCAAAGCCCUGCGAGCCGACAGACAUGCAGAUUCCUCCAGUUCCACUCAACUAGCGCUGCAGAGUCAGAUCAAGAUUCAUCCUCAGGUUACUGGGAAAAGUUUAAAAAUACUCCGUGGAAUGUCAACUAUAAGGACGGGCUGGAAGCAGACCUCUUCCUGAAACGUCCCAAAUGAUAUGAGAGCAACCAGCCGCCGAGGUGGAGUCCCCCGUUCCCGCUGCCUGGUCUUGAUUUCUGGCCGCUCAGCUGGAGUGUGAACCACUGAAUUAAAUUUUAUGGAUCAUUACAUUUUAAUCUCUACUCAUCCACAUCAAAGCCAAGGGUGAAAUCAUUGAUUAGCAUGAAAAACAAUCAUUCUCAUGGAUGUUAGAAUGAUGUCUCUAUGUGUAAACUCGUGUGGAAUGAUUUUGAAUGCGUACAUCCAUUUACCUAAAUGUUUGCAGUUGGCUUGAAUGUUUAAGGGAAGGAGAGUAUUUUUAAUCUUUGAUUUUUAUGUUCUCGUCAUGCCCGUUUCAUUUUAUAAACUGUGCGAGAUAGCACAUCAUGUAGGCGUUCUCUUUGUUUUUAGAUAUUUCUUUUAUCCUUGAGGGCAUUUUUUUUUCUUUUCUCACCCAAAUUAUGAAUUGCUCUUUUAAAGAGGCAUGUUGUGCAUCAGGACUGCACGACAUGCCGGCUUUGAUGGGAUGUCCUUUAUUUGACUGAUAAUGGCACUUGGAAAUGACAUGCUAUUAUGAAUUUUAGAUUUCCUUCUCACCCAUUAUCAAUUUGGUCAUAUUUUACUUUGUUUAGCUUAUUUAAAUUUUAAUUAAUUCAAGAGUAUGUAAUUACAGUAUGCAUUGAAACUCACAGCUAUAACAGAUGUGAUGAAUUACUCAAAAAAACGAUGGUUGUGCUUCCUUUUUUGAAUUUGUAAUGAAGUUAAUUUUUAAAAAUGUAUUUAAUUUAAUGCUUUCUCCUCCUUUGUAAAUGUUAAGUCCCCACAUAGUGAGAUCAUGUUUCAUAGAAGUAUAUCCCAUGUGACACAGCUCAGUGGCUGGACAUCAUUACACGUAUGUGACAGAUUUAGCUGAAUUAUUGUUUCAUCUUAAACACGCAACAUUUCAUCAAAAUUUGCUGCAUUUAUUAAAAUAGAAAGUCUCAUGUUUAUGAACGUGGGAAUUUCGUGAUGGCUUCAUGUCUCUGUAUGUCCAGCCACAUGUAGCUUCAUGUUUUUAUUCUCCUUGUAUCAUCAUGUGUCUGCAUCGCACGACACUCAUUAAGCUCCCAUUUAUUUAUUCUUUUGUGGUGUCAUUUGUACCUGUAAUGAUGCACAUGAACCUUCGAAAACUCCUCCGUCUUGUACUGCUCACAUGUACGAUCACUGAUUUGAACGACAGCCAUACCUGUAUACGCAGAUUACCUGGUUUGUAGGGCUGCAGUGAACAUAGUCGCAACUGUGUUUGCCGUUUAAUUACUUUGCAAAGUUCUGGUCUGAAUGGAAUUUUAGAAUGUAAAUACUCCUGUACAUAGCGGUUAAUGGACAUUUAAAAAAAAUGCUUAGACUACUUUUUUUCCCUGAAGCUGAUAUUUUUAUUUUAUACAAUAUUUCUGAGUUGUCAUUUGGAAAAACAAAAAAUUGCAGGAAGAGGCAAAAAAAAUGUUUGUACCCGUUUCAAGGACAUUGUCUUUGGUUACAUGUAAAUAGUUGUAUCUCGAAAAUGGAAAAAAAAAAGUUGCUACUUUCAGUACA